AUGUCGCGGGAAGCCGAGGAAGACUCUACAGAGGCAGUGUCGAAUUUUCUGGACAAGCUUGACGAGUCUCAAAGGAACGAAGCAGUUGGCCGACUGCUCAAGCUCGAGAACGAGGACAUCUGGAACGAGCUUCUCAACAGGUUUGCCUGCCAACGUGGCGUCGCUCGGCAAGUGACUUUCAGAUCUCUGACCGGAGAGGCUGUUGAGUUGAAACUCCCGCCGCAGCACACCCUCUUUCACGCCAAGCAGACUCUAUUGGACAACGUGGCCAAGAAGAUGCCAGCUCCAGAGGUUGGCUACCGCCGGGACGCACGGUUCUUUGCCGGAAGCGAGCUCCUCGUCGAAAAGAUGCUUGUGGCGAUGCUGCCUGACGAGGUCUCUGUGGUUUUCGAUCGAGUGAAGAUCUACGGGAUUCCUUUUUUUGAAGGCUUCAACUGA